UAUCCGUCGUGACCUUGGUCGUGUGUGCCGGGCAUGCCAUCUUCUUAACCGUUCAGUAGUAUAGUAGUAGCUAGUUUGUUUAUACCACCAUACCUAUAUAUUAACCAGUGCUCGUCUCUCGCGCGAAGUUUGAGUUCAACACACCUUUACGCGGUUUAUCAGUCGUCGGUCAUGGCCGAAUGCUGAACGAUAUUAAACUAUAAUUUAUUGGAACUUACGUAACGUAAUCAGUUUACAUUUAAAAUGAAAGUAGCGCUAACUAUUUUAGCGCUUGUGGCUACCACAGAGCUGGUAUUAGGCGUACCGGUUUAUGGUCCACCCCAACCGUUGCCGAUUCCGCACAAGUACAGGUCUCAGAAUGGUGCACCCAUUCCGGCCAAGUAUCCUCAGUAUCCUCCUCAUCUUAGUAGUCAUUCGGGAAAAAACGAAUUCUAUUCGAAAUUUAAUCCUCAUUCAUUGCCACCCGGUUUACGUGGGCCUGCACCCCAACUGCCACCGCCUUUUGCUAAGUACCCCAAUCUGCCACCACCUGGAAAGCAUCAACAACAACAACAACAACACCAACAACAUCAACAUCAACUGCAUCAUCAUCCACAACAGCAACAACAACCACACCACCCAUCGGCCAACAAUAGACCACUAGGACCACAGUUCCAGUCGAAACCACACUUGUUACAGAACAGCGCACCUCAUCAUUCCCCUCCUCAACAAAGCCAAGUUAAUAAUGCUCCUGAACAGCGUGUACAAUUAGCAUCAUCGCGUCCCACCCCUAAGAUAACUAACGUUUGGACGGGUCCUAAAUUGUCAGGAUCACCGGACUUCCCGCCACGUUUCUCCGCUGUCGCCACCCCCGUAGCUCCAGUGACUACGGUUCCAUUUUUGGAAAAACCCAGAGGACCUUAUAUAAUCAACAGCGAUGAUGAAAGGGGUCCUAUCAAGACCAUACCGGCGCCAAACCUGAACCCAGCAGACAAACCAGCCAACUUCGAAGAACAAUUGUAUAGGGCGCAACAUCAACAAUCAUAUGUUCAACCGUUGGACAAUUCAAUAACCGAUGAAAAACUUUCAUACCAGGUAACCGAAGACACGAACGCUUACAAACAGUUUGGCGGCCAACCAGCCUACAAAGAGCCGUCCAACGCGGACCCCAACGCUAUACCAGCCGUGCCGUUAGACAUCGCCCUGCAACAGCACUUGGACAACCAACAUCAGCAACAGUUAUCGGCCGAACAGGUCGGAUCGGCGGGCACGUUGACGCCCCAAGAGCUGUACUCGCUGUUGAACGGCAGCCCAGCCUCCGCCGCUGCCACGGUACCGCAAACCACGUACAUGGUACCGCAACCCGUCAUGUACGCCGUACCACAGCCACAGUCUUUGGACCUACAAGUCGGCCACCAGCUCCAAUACCAGGCGCAGCCGGUCCAAUUACAGUACGCACAACAGCCCGCCGCCACAGGUGUCCAGUUGCAGUAUGCGCAACCGGCUGCCCCCGAACUCCAAUAUUUGCAGCCGCAAACCGUCCAAUACCAGCCACAGACCGUCCAAUAUCAACCACAAACCAUCCAAUACCAGAUUCAACCCGAACACGUGCAGCAGCAACAGCAACAGCAGCAACAGCAGUACCAGCAACAACCGGCGGAACAGUACAACGGCGCGCAGACGGCCGCCGCUGAAAUAUCAGCACAAAAACAUCAACAGCAACAGGAACUGGUACAGCAACAACAGGAACAACAGCAGCAGGAACAGGAACAGCAGCUUUUGCAGCAGCAACAACAGGUCCAGUUGCAGCAACAGCAACGCGAGCAGCUAAAACAUCAGCAACACGCGGAGCAGCAGCAGCAGCAGCAGCAGCAGCAGCCGGAAAACAGCGAUGACGUGCAGUACCAACAGGAACAGGACGAAUACGAGCCCAGGAACGGGGUCAAGGGAUCGGCGGAACAGCCGUCAUCGGCGGCCGUGGACGACGACAACGAACGUCGAGACCAGAAGAAAUUGCAGAGCAUCAGAGACCAGUAUUACUCGGCCGUUCCCAACGAACAGACGGCGGGCGUGCUGGCGCAGAUCGCCCAGUCGGCGGCCAACAGCGACGCGCCGGUGGCCGACGAGCCGAAACCCGCGGAGAAGUCGCCGUCCGAUCAGUCGGUGCAGAUGCACACUUCGGUGCAGAUCCAACAGUCGGUGCCGCUGUACGAGGGCACGUACGCGUCGUCCAGGCGCACCAAUCAGGAGUACGCGGACGAGGGCGCCGAGGCCGACGAGCUGAUGGAAGGCAGCGAAUCGGUGGCCGUCUCCGAAUCGUCGUCGGUCAACGGACACGCUCCCAGCCAGUUCCCGUACAGCGCGGCCAAUAUAAACGCGUUCGCCGCCAACUAGUCCUGUAAAUACUUGUAGUUUAUUACGACACCCUCACCCCCCCCCCCGUGCCCCGACCGGAUAUAU